AUGAUUUUAAAAUCAAUUUUCAAAAAAAUAAUUGAAUAUGAUCCUUAAGUAGAUUUCUUUUCUCAAAGAAACUAAAUAGAAAAUUCAGGUAAAUAAAUUAAUAUAAAAACUCAAAAUAUAAGAAGUAUAAAUCAAAUAAUUUUAAAUAAGAAUAAAUAAAUAAAAUACAAAUCGAAAUAUAAACAACAAAAGCAGAACCAAGCUUUUCGCAGACCAAAUAUAGUGAUUAAUUUUUUGAUUUGACUGAUGAAAAAAAUAUUUAAACAUAUGAAAGAUUCGUCUAAAAAAUAAUUGGUAAAAAGAAUUAUGUAUAAGCUAUAUUGUUAAAAUCAGAUAAUUUUUUUAAAUAUUCCAAAUAUAAUUCUGAUUAAAAAUGUAGUAAUUAUAUUAAAAAAGCAAUAUAAUCUUAA